AUGUCUUCCACCUGCUCAAAAGCUCCCACGAAAGAGCGCGUACCUUCCAGUGCCUCCACUGGCACAUUCAUGCCCAACCCCGAAUUAAAGAAUCAAUACCAAGCCGAUGUAUCACUAAAGCGGGUCAUUGACCUAUUCCUACCGCCGACCAUCAUCAACGAGACGCAAAACGAGCUGGACAGGUUCGGGAGGGAGGUUCUAGGGGCUGAGGUGUUUCGAUGGGUGAGCGAUGCGGAGAGGAACGUGCCGUUUGUGAGAGGAUCGGGGAGGGAUGCUUUUGGGAGGAGGACGGAUGAGCUCGUUACUAGUGAGGGAUGGAGAAAUCUGCAGAAAAUGGGGUUGAAGGAAGGGAUUGUUGCUAUUGCGUAUGAAAAUAAGUAUGCGGAAUACUCUCGAGUCGUUCAGUUUGUGAAGUAUCAUCUUUGGACUGGUUCCUGUGCCACGGUUACAUGUCCGAGUGCGAUGCAAGACGGAGCUGCUUCGCUUCUACGCCGGCACCUCUCUGUACCCGAACACAGUUCCUCCCUUACUCCAGUAGCCCGUUCAGUACUUAAAGAAGCCCUCGGCCGCCUCACAUCUCGCGACGACGAUGCCUGGACGUCCGGGCAAUGGAUGACAGAACGAAUCGGGGGAUCGGACGUGUCCGGGACCGAAACGCUGGCCACGUUCUCGCCAGCCAGACCCGAUGGCUCCUUCGAAGCAACGCAGCUAGACGGGUCUCCACUCGGGCCGUGGGUCAUUGAUGGGUUCAAGUGGUUCUCUUCAGCCACCGAUUCCCAGAUGACCAUCGCAAUGGCCCAAACCCCCAAAGGCCUCUCCGCGUUCUACAUCCCCAUGCGCCGCACUACGCCUUCAGGAGGAUCCGAACUAAACGGGAUCAGCAUCUCACGGUUGAAGAACAAACUAGGCACCAAAGCCGUGCCGACCGCUGAGCUCGAGCUCAAAGGUGCAAGAGCAUAUCUGCUCGGCGAAGAAGGAAACGGGAUUCGUGAAAUCAGCACCUUGCUUAACAUCACGCGCGUUCAUAACUCCGUCACAUCGGUGGGCUUGCUAGGGAGAGGAUUGGCCAUUGCUAAAGCUUUUGCGAGCGUGAGGGAGAUGGUGGGCAAGGGGAAUAAAAGGACGCUUAAGAAUAUCCCGCUGCAUAUGCGCACCUUGGCUGAUAUCACAGUUGAGUACCGGACUCAGAUGCUGUUUACAUACUUUACGGUUUAUUGUCUGGGGGUAUCAGAUCAGGGGCGAGCAGCGACCACUUCACAAGCCACCACUGCGUCAGAACGACUACGUCCUCAGACCGCUGAAGACCUGCAGCUUCUCUUGCGGAUCCUCACCCCAGUCCUAAAAGCCCUAACCGCGAAAGCGGCCAUCAAUGGUCUGCAGGAAUGCAUCGAAUCCCUCGGCGGGGUCGGGUACCUCGAGAAUGAGGAAUCGCAACACAUCAACGUGGCGCGUCUCUACCGCGACGCCAACGUUCUCAGCAUCUGGGAAGGAACGACGAACGUUCUCGGCACGGAUUUCGUAAAGAUUCUCAAGAGCAGAAAUGGCGGCAAGACUCUACAAGUAGUAGAUCGCUGGCUUCGCGAGGCGCUAUUUGAGAAUAACAGCGAGGCGAGUGAAAAACUCACGCAGCUGAAGCUCCAGAUACAACAAAAGCUGCAGCUGUUCAGCGAUGAGGUUCAGAGGAAGGAUAUUGAUGAGUUGAUGAUUCAAGCUAGGGAGCUCAUGGCGAGAUUCGCCUCUAUCGUGACUGGCACGCUGAUGGUUGUGGAUGUGGAACGUGACAGUGACGAGCUCAGCUCGGAGAUAUUGAGCCGUUUUGCACAGAAGCAUGGCUUCGGGGACGUGGUAGGUCAGGAUUGGAAGAGCCGCUUGGAAUGGGAUCUGAGGAUUGCGUUUGGAGAGGAGAUAGAGAAGAGCGCAAAACCUCGCUUGUAA